AUGAACCACUAUCUCACACUGGGCCUCGGCCUGCUCGGAGUAUCGAUCGUCUAUUUCCUAGUAGCUUCUUUCCUUGCAAAGCGCUACCACGCUAGAAAGGCCAAAGAGCUUGGAUGUCAACCAGCCUGGGAGCGUCCUUACCGUUGGCCGUUUGGCACUGACUUGGUCUGGGAAAUCAUUCAGGCCGACAAGAACAAUGUUGUUCCCAACUAUUUUCUCGACGUCUACAAUAACAGGACUGGAAAAAGAGCAACAUGGGCACAAAAUAUGUUGGGAACCAUGGGCUAUGUGACCUCGGAUCCCAAAAACAUCCAGGCUCUGCUGGCAACUCAGUUCAAUGACUUCGAGAUUGGAGAACAGCGUCGUGGGAAUUUCUUCCCCAUGCUGGGCAAUGGCAUCUUCACCAGUGAUGGCAAGGCAUGGGAACAUUCUCGUGCUCUUCUCCGCCCCCAGUUCGCGCGCCAACAAGUCGCCGAUUUGCAACUGGAAGAAGUCCAUGUUCAGGACAUGUUUAGACAUCUCACCACAGAAAACGGCUGGACUGGUCAAGUUGAUCUGUCCCCACUCUUCUUCCGGUUGACGCUUGACUCUGCCACCGAGUUUCUGUUCGGCCAGAGCGUCGACUCGCAACUCACGGCUUUGCCGGGUUAUACUCAAAAGACUCGGAAACCUGGUGAGCUGGACUGGACGUCAUUCGCAUCCUGCUUUGAUGGCGGUACUAUGACUCUCGGCGUCCGUGGACGAUUGGCCGAGAUGUAUUGGCUUUACAGCCCCAAGCACUUCUAUGAGAACUGCAAGGAGGUUCAUAGAUUUGCUGACUACUACGUCAAUCUUGCUCUGACCACCGACCUCUCGUCGCUGAACGAACACAACCUGGAAAAGGGCCACAAGAAGGAGAAGUACAUCUUCUUGAAGGAGCUUGUACAACAGACUCGGGACCCCAUCGAGCUCCGAAGCCAACUCCUGAACAUCCUCCUCGCCGGUCGUGAUACGACUGCGGGUCUACUUGGAUUCACGUUUUAUUUAUUGGUCAGGCAUCCCAUGGUCUUCAAGAAGCUGCGCGAAACCAUAUUGGAGGAUUUUGGCACUUACGAAGACCCCAAGGCCAUCACCUUUGAAACUCUCAAGGGGUGCACCUAUUUGCAACACGUCUUGUCCGAAACCCUCCGAGUCUUCUCCACGGUGCCCUUCAACAGUCGCCGCGCCACAAGGGAUACAACGCUCCCCCACGGCGGAGGCCCAGACGGCACCUCGCCAAUCUAUGUCAAAAAGGGGACGGAAGUCAACUAUUCGGUCCAUGUUAUGCAUCACAGGGCAGAUAUCUGGGGACCGGACGUGGAAGAAUUCAAGCCCGAUAGAUGGAUCGGGCGACGGCCGGGCUGGGAAUUCCUACCAUUCAACGGCGGACCUCGUAUUUGUCUUGGGCAGCAGUUUGCACUGACGGAAGCUGGCUAUGUCAUUGUCCGCAUGCUGCAGAAAUUCGACGGCAUCGAGACUUACGAGACUGAUCCAAUCGUGCGCCAUUCAUACGGCCUCACCACUGCGCCGUUGCGCCUCCCUGUCCGUCUCCACGAAGCACCCACCAACUGA